ACUAAAUCCAACUUUAUACGGACAAGUUAACAUAGAACAUUAGAAUCAUCAAAGUGGAACUCAGAUACCUUAGCUUUCUUACAACGCGGUCCACGGGGCUGGUGGAUCCACUAAAAAAAACGUCAUCUUUGGUUAUCAUCAAUAAAUAUAAGGGCUAGCAUAUAUUUUAUUUUAAAAUUGAGAUCUCAAUUCCAAAUUUAUCACUCUGUUCAUCAGCUUAAACCCUACAUAUUAUUUUUCUCUCAGCGUCAGCCCGUGAAAAUGUUCAAGAAGUUUACAACUGAAGAAGUGUCUGGACAAAAUCAAGUCAAGGCAUCUGUGCAGCGUAAAAUUCGUCAAAGCAUUGCGGAAGAGUACCCAGCACUAGAGCCGGUGUUGGAGGAUUUGCUUCCGAAGAAGUCUCCACUUAUUGUUGCAAAAUGUCCGAAUCAUCUGAACCUAGUUGUAGUGAACAAUGUACCCCUGUUUUUCAACAUACGUGAUGGACCUUAUAUGCCUACUUUACGUCUUCUGCAUCAGUAUCCCAAUAUAAUGAAAAAACUACAAGUUGACAGGGGAGCAAUUAAAUUUGUCCUUUCUGGUGCCAACAUAAUGUGUCCGGGCCUUACUUCUCCCGGGGGUGCCUUGGAUGACGAAGUGGGAGCAGAAACUCCUGUGGCUAUUAUGGCUGAAGGAAAGCAACAUGCUCUUGCUAUUGGCUUUACAAAGAUGUCGGCAAAAGAUAUAAGGGCAAUCAACAAGGGAAUUGGUGUGGAUAACAUGCAUUAUCUUAAUGAUGGCCUCUGGAAGAUGGAGCGACUGGAUUGAGCUUGAAUGAAACUCGAGACCCAUCUUUUACUAGAUGGACAAUGUUUACCUGCUGCAAAUAGCAAGAGUUACUCAUCGUUAUGCACCUGUUAUUUCGUUUCUCUAGAUGUUAGUGGGGGUUCAUCCAACGGUUUUGACAGAUUUUGGUUUGAUAUUUUAGAUUUCAACUUUUAAAAAUGUUAAACACAACCAUAACGAAAUAAAUUCGAUAUGGUUUGUUUUUUCA